AUGGAUGGACGUAAUGUUCCGGCGCUGCAGGGACCCUCGUCGGCGGACGCAGCCACCGUUCAGCUCGCUAGCUUCGUUUACAAGUACAGUCGCAAGGCUUCUUUCGCCCCAACUAGCCUUGACCCGACAGACAGCGACGUGUUCCGCGCGGGUGGUGUCGUCGACAGGCUCCAGGACUAA